AUGGUUCGAGUUGCGGAUACAGCUGAUGCACCCGGACGUUUUCGAGAUGAUGUCGAAUCGCACAAGAACUCAGAUUUUAUUAAACUUCGAUCAAAAUUCAGAUUUGUUGUGCUUACUUUAGUAUUAGCAACAGACGGAAGUUCGUUAAUAGCAAUAGCAACUGCUUCCUUAGCGGUUUCCGUUUCUGGAGUUUCUUCAGAUAUUCCAGAGAAGCCAUUUCGUACCCUACCUAUGCCAAUAAGAGAUUCGAUAUCAAAUGACUGCAUAAAAGCAUACAAAAUGAUUUCCAGAAUUCGCCGUUCCUUACCACUUCCUCAUCCGUAA